AUGACUGUGUCAUAUGUAUAUUGUGUGCAUCUGCGUCUGUGUAAGACAGACAGGGAGACGACGGAGAUAGUCCAUGCACGACGUACUGAAGAAUCAAUAGAGAAUGUGGUGAAAACACAGACAGAUCAGAAGACGAAGACGCAUACAUACAAAGGAAGAAGGAUGAGGAACAGAGACAAGACGAGAGUGAGCGAAGUGAGAGCAUUAAAUUGGCUAUACUGGCGAGAGAUGUGUGGGAGAGAUGGUGACAAGUUGAUUGUACAGGCUUGUCCUGUUGCUGUGACCCACCUGAUAUAA